AACGUGUUUAGUUUUUGUCAAUCUAAGUCUAGUACUCUAUAUAUCUAUGACAAUAAGUAAACCUACCAUCCAAUACAUAUAUGAUAUAUGUACAUGCUUUUGAUUAAGAUAUGUAAUUAACAUUAAUUUAAGAGCCAAAGCUAAUAGAAGAACAGUUCUGUAGUCCAUUUCUUCUUCUGUUAUCCAUACCAUAAAUACCACAAAGCAUUUACUUUCCCAUCCAUCAAUCCAACUUUUUAUCUUUUGAGUUUUGCCUUGGCUAUAUACCAGCUCACAGUUUCAUAAAUAUUCCUUUGGAGAUCAAAAGCUUCAAAAUAUCCUUCAAUGGAACCAACUAGGAAUGUUGUUUCUAUACCAGAGGCUCCUCCGAGUCCAAACACCCCACUGCAGGAUCCAAACGAAAGCAAGAAGAAACUAGUGAUACUCGAAGAUCAAGACGAAGAGGAAAUUGAAGAGGUGAAUCGUCCCAAUACUGUCCUGUUAUUAGAUCUAGAGCUUUCUAAUACUAGUAAGGAUUCAACUUCAAACAGUAGUGGGUUCAACCCAGAACUCAAUCUCAUCGACAGUCUGCAAAUGGGUGGUUCAUCAUCAGAAACAGAUCAAAGCAGCCCUGGUGAUCAAGGGGCAGCAGAGCCAAGAGUUUUCUCAUGCAACUAUUGUCAAAGAAAGUUCUACAGCUCACAAGCACUUGGAGGACACCAAAAUGCACACAAAAGAGAGAGGACUCUAGCAAAGAGAGGACAAAGGCAGUUGAUGGCGUCAACAGCAGCGGCCGCUGGUUUUGGUGGUUACCCUUACUUCCAUCAUCACAACCACCCUUACUUUUCGAGCAUGGCUUCUCUGCCUCUUCAUGGUGCCUAUAACAACAAGUCUUUGGAUAUUCAGGUCCACUCAAUGAUUCACAAGCCUAGUGGUAGUGGUAGUGGUAUUGGGUUUGGAAGUUCGUAUGGAAAUCGUGGGCACAAGUCAUCAAGACCCAUUUUUGAUCAACAACCAGCGAUUGGAAAACUGGCACCACAGAAUUUUCAAACCACAUCAUCAUCAAGAGGUAGUAGUACUAGUAGUGUGGGAAGAUUUGACAUGGCAAAUGUUGGUUGGUUGGAAAACGGCAGUCGUUUCAGGAGUGGUCAACACGAAGAAAUGAAGAACCUAGACUUGUCCCUCAAGCUCUAGUAGUUCACACCUAUCUAGCUAGCUAACUAGGCUGUAGAAUUCUUCUUCUUCUUGAUUCAUUGUAUCAUAUAAUGUUCAUCUGUUUUCUGUCAGGAUACUAAGAUGUGGCUUUUC